UUAGUAUCCAAGAAAAAAUAUGGUGCAUCAAACCGUUUAUUUAUCCAUCAAAUGACACUCCGAUCCAUUUGCUAAUCUCAAGGAUGAUUUUCUGGGUCAAACUGAAACAAGCCUGGUUAGCGUCUUACACUUUUGAUUCCCUCCUUUUUGUUUCCUUUUACCUUUAUGUUGUUUUCUGUAUAUAUUAGCAGAUAGCAGUGGAGAAGAAAAAGAAAAGAAAACUAGCAUUAGCAAAACUGAAGACUGAAGAGGAGAAAGGGAGGAAGAAAAUAUGGUAGAUGAAAAGAAGGUGGUGUUAAGUGGCUGCAUCAAGACUAGCAGGGGGCCUUGGAGAGUACAUAGAGCUACAAAAGAUGGCCGCAUUGUCACCAAAUUUCGCUAUCCUUCUGAUAGGGAACGGCAAACGAACCAGCAGAGGGAGCGUCGAAGACGAGCAGUGGCUAAGAAAAUUUUUGAAGGUCUUCGAAAGCAUGGAAACUACAAGCUUCCGAAACAUGCAGACAGCAAUGACCUGCUCAAGGCUCUCUGUGAGGAAGCAGGAUGGCUCGUUGAGGAGGAUGGCACCAUUUGUAGGAUGGUUCUUCAUAACCCUUAUCAUGAAGCUAAUGUUGCAAGCUCCUAUGAUGCCUCGCCAGAAGAUCACAAUUACUGCACCUGCAACAAUCAUUUGGAUUCAGAAUAUGGAGCAUUUCCACUGAGCACCAGCUCACCAAUUCAAGAGUGCCAUGGAGGAAAUGAUGUCAACCUCAUCCUUUCACUCUAGCUUUCAAGUUCAUUUUGAGAAAGAUAAGAGAGUAGGAACUAGGAAAUCAAGAUGGUUUUUGGAUUUGGGCAAGACUGGGAUGGGAUGGUACAGCUCAGCUUCUCCUGCAGCCUGCUCGUAUAAAAACCAAUGUAGAGGCCACAAAAGAAAGGAAUAGCAUAUAGUACUUGUAAAAACAUCAAAUGUGUAAACAGUUCUAGGAUUAUCAAUAGGAUGUUCUAAUUAGCCUAUCCUAUGAAGGCAGGCAGCUCUGGUGCCAAUUUUGUUGAACUGAUAGACAUGAUCAUCCUUUGAAUGAAAUGUGCUUCUUGUGC